AUGUUUCUGUCUCUUUCCACAUUGACUGUCCUUAUUCCACUGGUCUCUUUAGCAGGACUGCCCUAUUCAGCCUCUGUUGAAGAAAACAUCCCACAGGGCUGCACUGGCACAACCAGUUUGUGCUUUUACAGUCUGCUCCUGCCAAUUACCAGGCCAGUUUGUGUGUUCUUCUACCUUUGGACUUGGAUGUGUAUUAAACUCUUCAGAUAUAAUUAA